AUGACGUCCUCAACUAUUGUACUCGGGAUCGGUUUCGAUGUGUUUAUCGUUGCCAGCGGCGAAUUUCUCAUGAAGAGAGCACGAGCACUUCACACCUACGAGGUUCAAUCACAGUGGAAAUCAAAAGUCAAAUCAAUCGAAAAGAAUCAAAAGGCCGUGACGCAUGUGAUGCAACUCGGUGCUAUACCAGUCUUGGCUCCGCCUCGAAGUCAAGCGGUCUACGUUGUGAUUGGUCGGUGCCGCCUGCUUAGUGUAUCACGAGAGUACAAGAUGCCGCUCUGUCUUACCUUCAUCGACUUGAAGAAGGCCUUCGACUCAGUUAAGACGGAAGCGGUCGUAGAAGCCUUAGACAACCAAGGCGUCCCUUCUCAGUACAUGAAGGUACUUCGAGAGUUGUACAGUAACUUCACGAUCGGAAUUUUGCCAUCCGACAAGAAUAUCAUCAUUGAGAUACCCUCGAGAAACCUCCGCAAUGCGAAGGUUGAAAUGGGACGACAUGGGAGUGGAGCAUCAGCCAAGCGCAACGAAUUCGACGAAACAUGUGGAUGCAUCGGUCUUCACCUGAAUCUCCAAAAGACGAUGCUCAUAAGUAACGGAUGGGUCUCGGAUGCCCCAUUCACGCUCAACGGAACGAACAUAUCCGAAUGCACCAGCUACGUUUAUCUGGGUCGGGAAUUGAACAUGAGGGACGACCUGACCUCUGAGCUGGGCAGGAGGAGACGAGCGGCUUGGGGAGCUUAUAAGGGUAUCGAGGAUGUAUUGAAGGAAAACCUGGCCCGUGUUCACCUCUUCAACAUCACCGUACUUCCUGCUUUGACCUAUGCUUCGGAAGCCUGUGCAUUUGGCAAGCAGGAAGAAAAUUCGAUGAGCGUCAUUGAGCGCGCAAUUGAGAGAGUGGUGCCAGGAGUAUCCCAUUCCACGCAAGCGCUCGGCAAGAAGCCUAUCGGCCAACAUCACUUAAAAGCAGCUUUCCGAUGUCACAGAAGACCAUCGAUGCGAGUGACAGAAGGUAGCAUUCAUGCGCAGUAUCCACCAUGGAACAGAAAUAUGGAUGGGACAAGAAAUGGCUUCCACGUUGCAUCUCAUUUGGUACCAUCUACAUAUCGUGGUAACUCGUCUUCAACAUCUUCUAGACGUUUGUUUGAAGAUAGGCAACACUUUGGGCGUUCAAUAUCACCGUCACGUCCGCCAACAAUCACUGAACAUCGCUUUGAGCCUCAAUCUCCUCCACGUCGUCUUCCCGGAACGUUCGAGUAUGGCUAUACAUAUGGAAGCAGGAGUUACAGGCAUGAUCAAACAACGUUUCUCGGUACACCUAGAUUACACACGCGUUAUCAGCCGGAUCAUAUCAAUUAUAGACAUGUUAAUCGGUCGCUCCACGAACCUCGUCGCCGGCAAUUCUCACCGUUUAUCCCGUUCCAACGACAUCCGGAUAAGUAUAACAGGGAACAAGCACAUGAGGAAAAGUUUGGUUACCGAGGUGUUAACAACACCGAGAACUGUCGACCUCGUGAAUUCCCUGUGAAUCACGAUUGGGAUGACGCCCAAGCAUUGCAUAAUCUGACUACGCCAACCGUAUACUCAGCAGGCGCUUUGGUAAUUUGGAAAGAAAAUGGCUAUUAUGGUUUCUUAUGUGAUAAGAACACCCUUUAUGGGAAUCUACACUUUUUCGCCGAUCUCAGCACUGUCGCGGUUGAAGAGGAUAAUAAAGUACUUGGGGAGUUGCCUUCGGAUCGAAUUCAACGAGGACAUCGAGUCGAAAUUGAAGCGGAAUUUCUCGAACCUGACCUUUCAGACCCGGAUACUCAUCAUCUAAUAUAUGUUAGGAAACUUUUGAAGAUAGGAAGCGAAGCCAGUUUGGAGCGUAUACAAUCAGAAACCCUUGUUCCACUAACAAAGAGGAAACCGUCGCCAUAUUUUAGGGCACUGAGUGAGACAGGUGAUCUCGUCUAUGUCCAUCCAUCAAUCCUUGUCGCACAGUCAUUGCUGGAGUUCAUGAAGCAACGUUUAUCAACUUGCCGUCCCCCGUACGUUGAGGACGCGUUGAGCGUGAUCUGCUCAAAUCGAGCUGUACGAGGUGACGUCACUGUUGCACCAAGAUGGAUGGGUGAUUCUAUCGGUCGACUGUGUAAUUUUAAACGGAUUCUUCUCACGUGUGAACCUCAUGGUGAUGUUGUACAUGGUUAUGGAACGUUGGUCAAGGUUGUGCCAAAUAGCAGCAUAACGAUACGACCAUGCAAUGGUGACGAUCCGGUUUUUUGCUCACUGCUCAGUGUUCCUUUAGAGUCGAAGACAUCCUAUAAAAUCGGCGAUAAUGUACGAUACACAGCUUGUCUGGACCUACCGAAUUCCACCUACAAAUGGAGAUGUCUUGGGAUUGCAAGGAUCUCCAGGAUCGAGAUGGUUAACGAACCCAAAGGACUUAGAAACGCGGAGAACGUUGCUGUAGCGGUAGACCUUCGCACAAAACCAGACCUAACAAACUGUGAGGAGGAUUUGAAGGAGAAAAAAGUUGAUGAAAUUCUCAUUCAGUUCGAUUCGGAAGAAGCGAAACAAAAACAUUACAUUACAGAAAACGAAAAUUUAGACAGGUUAACCGUGAAAAAUACGAAGGAUUUCCCUGUGUCCCGCCCUCUUGGCUAUCCUGCUGAGGCCAAUGACCCGAUUCCGUUAUGCCUCAAUGAAUGUCCGAAAAAAGUGUUUAGAUAUGGUGAUGAACCGCAUUGUCAUUUCACCAUACGCGAUGAUGUGGAGCGAAGCCAAUACGCGAACUUUUUACCGCUCUAUAAAAGUAUGGAGGAUUUCUUGCUGAGGCAUAAACGACGUCGUGAUAAACACCAUCGUCGACGACAUCAAGAUGGAACCACUUUAAAACCAGCAGUUCCACAGAAAACCCUGGACACAGUUGAAAAAACGGAUGUUUCUCCAACGAAUGCUGAAGAUAAAGAAGAGUUGAGACCAUCUACGAACAGAUUUCAUUUCGUAGGGAUUGGUGAUGAUAUUACCCAACUAUUUGCAACAAAAGUGCAACAAAACCCAUCUCCUCAGGAACAGCCCACUUCAGUUCUACGAUAUUCUAGCGGAUGGUGGUAUCGUCGCACUAUGCCGCGUAUUUACCCGACAGUAGUUAUUGCCGAAUACAUCACAUGUCGCGAUAAAGAGAAGGACUGCAAUGAAAAUAUCAAUGUUCACAAAUUAACGAAGACGAUAACCAUACGUAAUUCAGGCGAAUCCAUUGACGAUUGCCUUUAUGUGGAUCAUGCACAGAAAACAGAUGUCGAUCUAAUUGUUGUGGAAAAUAAGAAUGAAGAGCCGAAUAUUAUGACAUUGUUGCAAAAUGACCAGAUAAUCAACAAUUUCUUUGGACCAUUGCUUAGGAAGCUCCCGAAAUCCUAG